ACUGUCGAUAGAGGUCGAGUCAAAUCUAGCUGCUCUGAAAUGGAAAAGUCACGUAUUGCAGUGGUUGUUGUCAUGCUGCUAUGUCUUGCUGCAUCUGAAGAAGUUCCUCCAAAAGUCGCCGUCCUAGAAGAGGGACAUCGGUCAGUCAUCGCCCCCCAUACCCUCCCAGUCACAACCUACACUGACCCUGGUGCACCCGUCGAGAAGUCCCCACCGCCGUUUGCCGCGCCGCCUCCUCCCCACAUCUACAACAAGGCCGUGACUACAAAUGGCAACGUCGACCACGUGGUUGCUGCCGAUGAUGUAGGUUCUCCAACCAUCAAUGCUCCUGAUCCAGUUGCAGUUCCUGCCGCCCCCGUGUCUGUACCUGCCGUCUCCGUUUCCGCACCCGCCCUCGCCGUUUCUGCACCUCAACACGAUUCUCGGACCCCAGAAGCUCAACCUCCUGUCAAGGCUCAUUCGGAUACACCCAAGGCUGAGCGACAAUACUCCAACACAGGGAACUCGUUGUCCUUUAGUUCAUCUGCUGGCGACGGACCUGGUAAGAGGCAGUGCUCCUUUUCAGUGUCGACCCCCGACAACUUCCAUGCCUCAAGUGAUGGUUUUGGCUAUCCAACGUUUAUGGUAGAAGGAGCCUUCAAUGAUAACCAGCUGGCAAAGGGAAUUUUCACUAAAUAUUUGGGACACCCCAACACUGGACUUAAUCUACCUGGCGUCUCAGCAGCUGCCAGAGAAAUAGGGAUUCCAGGCUUUGGUGGGAACCAUGUUGAUGGAUUGUCUUCCCUUGGAGAUAGAGGCCAAGGUAACCAUGGUGAACCUCAUGGUUUUGACGUCAACGGCAUGUUCAACCAGAUCGGUAAAAGUGUGGACAACAGCAACAUCGGCGACUUCCAGCACGCCACUCCACAAUUUCCUGACAACGUCAUUCAACCAGGGCGUGGUUUUGGGUUCAAUCCUCUGAGGUCAAACAUUCAGUCCCGGGACCCCUUCUCUAACUUUGGGGGACUUCCGUUCAGGAGGAGAAGAGAGGCCAUUCCAUCUGGGCUUGGCGGAAAUGAAGUGCAGUCCGUGUGCCCUUUUACCAGUGACUACAUCCGCAGCUUCAAGAAGUACAACACCGUCUGCUUUGUCUACAAGCCAGAGAUGCAAGGUCACAAGGUCGCCAAAUGCGGCCAAGAACAGUGCAGCCACUGCGGGACAGGAGCAGGGAAGUGUGUGGCCGAGCAGAUGUCAGGGUGGCUGUGGGCCUACUGUCAGGCGGGACCUUCCGCCAGGAAGCUCAGCUUGGAGUAUAUAGAGUACCCCGCCUACUGCGUGUGCAAGACCAUCACAUGCUAGAGAUGGUGCUGGAUGAUCAUACUGCGUUUUUGUGCAACGAAAUAUGGAAUUUCGUGUAGUGUACUCAAAAAUGUUUAUUAGUAUACCAUAAGGUCACACAUUAACGUUUUCGCUUCCUUGUCAGAAAUUAGUUGCCGGUGAAGAGGUUUAGAAUUUACAAUUUCUUCAUGUCAAAACUUCUCUAGGCUUAUUUAUGCAUAUUUGUGAUACUCAUUAUCCAUGUAUAUAUUUAACAAACAGGAAAUCGAUAAACAUGGAGAAUUCAUAGAAUUUAGCUUCCAGUUUUCUGGCAAGAAGGUAGUAUUUGCAAAAUAUAGUUCUUCAUUAAUGCAAGCUAAGGCACAAAGCGGAUGAAAAGUGAACACAAGUCUAAAGCAUCAGCGAUUCAAACAAAAGCAUGUUAUUAAAUUCUUGUCCUGCAAAGAGAGGUGCAAAUCAUCAAUCGAACUAUCGGUUCAUCGCAAUUAUCCUUGACCCUAUGGCAAUUCACUGAUGGCAAGUACAAACAUCGAAAGUAAACAUCGAUGCCUCGCUACAAUGUCCAUAGGAUCGAUAAACGGGUGAAUUAAGAAGUGAUUACAUUAACGAUUUAAUUUCCUCUGAUUUUGGUCCAAUAUACAUCUUGCUUGAAGAGACAAGUGGUUCUCCAUUAAGAAAAUGUUCAUAUUAUUCUAUCUGACAAUUAUUA